GGGCAGGAGGCCCCAAUCCUGGUCCCAAAAUGAUCCCUGGGCUUUCAACACUGCAUUGAGCUCCGCAACACCUGCAUCCGUGGGGCAUGGAGGUGAGGAGGGGGCGUGGGGUGGGCUAUGGGGGAUCCUAUGGCGGGGAGGAGGCACGGUGCAAAAGGAGAGGGGGAGAGAAAUGGGGGCAACGGGCUCUGGCGUGGGAGAUGGGAUGGGUACUGGGUCUGUCGGUACCGGGGCACACAGAGCAGGUGCCGGAUGCGGUGCUGGGGCUCGCGGAGUGGGCUGGCACCGGGUGUGUCGGUACCAGGAAGCACGGGACGGGCGUUCGGGUGAAGGUACCGGGGUACGGGGCAGUGCUGGGGCUGAGAUGGGAGCUGGGGAGGGGGCCGGGUCUGCCGGAGCCGGGAAGCGCGGUUCGGGUCUCCGGGCGAUGGGCGCACGGGUGGCGCGCGGGCUCCGUACCGCUGCGCGCAGUGCCGGUGCCGCUCUCGGGGCGCUGCGCGGGGCGGUCCCGGCAGUGGCGCUCAGCUCCGCCCCCUCCCAGCGGAGCGCAGCGCGGUGCUCCCGGCGCGGCCCGGCCGCGAUGCGGGACCCGACGGCGGCCCUGGGGGGUGGGCAGCGGUACCGACACCGCCGCCCCCGCGGGGGCUCCCGGCGUCGUGAGUGGGGCCGGGCCGGGCGGGGGUGCGCGCCCCACGCCUCCCUGUGACCCUCGUGCCCCACGGCCGCCCCAGCUCCGCGGGAUAAAGAUGCUGGUCCGCGUCUUCGUCGUCCUGCUGUGCGCGGCCGCGCUCUCCGUGCUCUACGUGCUGCUGUGCCGCGAGGCCGCCGGGCGGAGGGACGGCUCCGCGUACACCGCGCCCGCGGCGCUCAGCUUGCAGGGCUACAGCCGCGUCCCCGACGGGAAGCCGCUGCGCAGAGCUCCGUGCCGCCGCUGCGCCGUGGUCUCCAGCUCGGGGCAGAUGCUGGGAUCGCACCUGGGCCGGGAGAUCGACGGGCAGGAGUGCGUGCUGCGCAUGAACCACGCCCCCACCGCCGGCUUCGAGGAGGACGUGGGCACGCGGAGCACCGUCCGCGUCGUGUCGCACACCAGCGUCCCGCUGCUGCUCAGGAACCAGCCCUACUUCUUCCAGCAGUCCCGGGACACCAUCUACGUCAUUUGGGGUCCCAGCAGGAAGAUGAGCCGCGAGAAGGGCGGCCCGACGUACCGAGCGCUGCUCAGGGUGCUGGAGAUGUACCCCCGCCUGCAGCUCUACACGCUGACCGAGGAGAAGAUGGCGUAUUGCGACGACGUCUUCCAGAACGAGACAGGGAAGAACAGGGUGAAAUCCGGCUCCUUCCUGAGCACGGGGUGGUUCACCAUGAUCCUGGCCAUGGAGCUGUGCGAGCACAUCUGCGUCUUCGGUAUGGUCAGCGACAGCUACUGCAGGGAGAAGAACCACUCGAGCGUGCCUUACCACUACUUCGAGAAGGGGCGGCUGGAUGAGUGCAGGAUGUACCUGGUGCACGAGAGGGCCCCCCGCGCCGGGCACCGCUUCAUCACCGAAAAAGCCAUCUUCUCCCGCUGGGCCAAGAGGAAGGACAUCAUCUUCAGCCACCCGUCGUGGGCAGGGGGGUAGGAGAGGCGGCAGUGCGGUUGGAAGCCCCUCGAUAUGCCCGGUAUUGGGGGUCUGCAGCCACUGGGGGGGCAGCAGUGGAGACCCCGUUGCGUUGGAGCGCAUGGGACAGGACUGGAUCCACCGAGCCCCCCCAGCUGCAGGCCCCGAGCUGGCUUGGACCCGUGCAGUGUGGAUGUUUAAUGUGGGAUUCAUCCCGGGACGGACCCCACGUAUAUGGGGCACGUGGAGCGGGGCCGGGACCCCCCGUCCCACAGCCCCCGUGUGCCCCCUGCCCGCAGCCCUGAGCUGCCUUGCCACAAGUGCCCUUGGAUUCAGACCAAAGCCGACUUGCCCAUUAAAAGCAUUUGUAAGUCC